UUUGCUGGUGGCCAUCUUGAGUGAGGGCAGACCGGAGGGUGAGGGAACUGUGGCAGACCUAGUGCGACGCCGCCCCCUUUGGUUCCCUUCUCUCCUGUUUCAUCUCGAGCUCUGAAGACUAGCAAAGAACCAAAAGGCUUAUAUCUUUGAGCGUUAAUGAACCCAGGAGGAGUAAAAAAAUAUUCCUGACCACAAUAAAGAUGGCGGAAUCCACUUAGCGCUCGUGCCAGACGGGGGUUACGUAGACGGCGUGCUGCAAACCAGCUCCGGGCGGUUCUGGCCCCAAAGGGAGCAUAAACCAGGGACUUUGAUAUCAUGCAGCAGAAGAGCAAAUUAUUUCUCCAGGCUUUGAAGUAUAGUAUUCCUCACCUUGGGAAAUGCAUGCAGAAACAGCACGUGAAUCACUGUAACUUCGCUGAUCAUUAUUACAGUAGAAUAAAGUUGAAAAAAUAUCACCCAACCAAGUGUCUGCAGAAUAAACCCAGGAUAUCAGAGUUAGCAAGAAACAUCCCAAGUCGGAACUUCUCAUGUAAGGAAUUUUUGCCUAUUAAACAAGAAAACAAAAAAUCCCUCUCAGAAAACAUGGAUGCAUUUGAAAAAGUGAGAACAAAAUUAGAAACACAGCCACAAGAAGAAUACGAAAUCAUCAAUGCAGAGAUUAAACAUGGUGGUUUUGUUUAUUAUCAAGAGGGCUGCUGUUUGGUUCGUUCCAAAGAUGAAGAAGCAGACAAUGAUAAUUAUGAAGUUUUGUUCAAUUUGGAGGAACUUAAAUUAGAGCAACCCUUCAUUGAUUGUAUCAGAGUUGCUCCUGAUGAAAAAUAUGUAGCUGCCAAGAUAAGAACUGAAGAUUCUGAAGCAUCUACCUGUGUAGUUGUGAAGCUCAGUGAUCAACCUGUAAUGGAAGCUUCUUUCCCAAAUGUGUCCAGUUUUGAAUGGGUAAAGGAUGAAGAAGAUGAAGAUGUUUUAUUCUACACCUUCCAGAGGAACCUUCGCUGUCAUGAUGUAUAUCGAGCCACUUUUGGUGAUAACAGGCGUAAUGAACGUUUUUACACAGAAAAAGACCCAAGCUUUUUUGUUUUCCUUUAUCUUACAAAAGACAGUCGUUUUCUCACCAUGAAUAUUAUGAACAAGACCACUUCAGAGGUGUGGUUGAUAGAUGGCAUGAGCCCUUGGGACCCACCAGUACUUAUCCAGAAGCGAAUACACGGGGUCCUUUACUACGUAGAACACAGAGAUGAUGAAUUAUACAUUCUCACUAAUGUUGGCGAGCCUACAGAAUUCAAGCUAAUGAGAACAGCAGCCGAUACCCCUGCUAUUAUGAAUUGGGAUUUAUUUUUCACAAUGAAGAGAAAUACCAAAGUUGUAGACCUGGACAUGUUUAAGGAUCACUGUGUUCUAUUCCUGAAGCAUAGCAAUCUACUUUAUGUUAAUGUGAUUGGUCUGGCUGACGAUUCAGUUCAGUCUCUAAAGCUCCCACCUUGGGCCUGUGGAUUCAUAAUGGAUACAAAUUCAGACCCAAAGAACUGCCCCUUUCAGCUUUGCUCUCCUAUACGCCCCCCUAAAUAUUACACGUAUAAGUUUUCAGAAGGCAAACUGUUUGAGGAAACUGGGCAUGAAGACCCAAUCACAAAGACUAGUCGUGUUUUACGUAUAGAAGCCAAAAGCAAGGAUGGAAAAUUAGUGCCAAUGACUAUUUUCCAUAAAAUGGAUUCUGAAGACUUACAGAAGAAACCUCUCCUGGUACAUGUAUAUGGAGCUUAUGGAAUGGAUCUGAAAAUGAAUUUCAGGCCUGAAAGGCGGGUGUUGGUAGACGAUGGAUGGAUAUUAGCAUAUUGUCAUGUUCGGGGAGGUGGUGAGUUAGGCCUCCAGUGGCAUGCUGAUGGCCGUCUAACUAAAAAACUCAAUGGCCUUGCUGACUUAGAGGCUUGCAUUAAGACACUUCAUGGCCAAGGCUUUUCUCAGCCAAGUCUAACAACCCUGACUGCUUUCAGUGCUGGAGGGGUGCUUGUGGGAGCAUUGUGUAAUUCUAAUCCAGAGCUGCUGAGAGCUGUGACUUUGGAGGCACCUUUCUUGGAUGUUCUCAACACCAUGAUGGACACUACACUUCCUCUGACAUUAGAAGAAUUAGAAGAGUGGGGGAAUCCUUCAUCUGAUGAAAAACACAAGAACUACAUAAAACGUUACUGUCCCUAUCAAAACAUUAAACCUAAGCAUUUUCCUUCAAUUCACAUCACAGCUUAUGAAAAUGACGAACGUGUGCCUCUGAAAGGAAUUGUAAACUACACUGAGAAACUCAAGGAAGCCAUCGUGGAGCAUGCUAAGGGCACCGGGGAAGGUUAUCAAGCCCCCAAUAUUAUUUUAGAUAUUCAGCCUGGAGGCAAUCAUGUGAUUGAGGAUUCUCACAAAAAGAUUACAGCCCAAAUUAAAUUCCUGUACGAGGAACUUGGACUUGACAGCACCAGUGUUUUCGAGAAUCUUAAGAAAUAUCUAAAAUUCUGAAAUGCUGCAUUCAGUGGAAAUUGGAAACACACUGAAAUAUUUCAUAGUCAUAUUUCCAGUUACAUUAACAAAAGUGAGUUUUUUAAGUUAGUAAAUAAUUUUUAAAAUUUGCUUCUCCAUCCAGAUUUUGUUUUGUAUAUAGCUCACUUGCUUAUGCCGUUGUCUCCAUUGAUGCACGUGCCCCUUAACCUAGGAAAGUAGUUUUCAAACCAUGCUCUGUAGAAGGACAUAGAGAAGGGAGUGAAGGAGGGAUUGGUGACAGCAGAACUUUCCCCUUUCCCGCAUCAGGACAGGUUUGUUUUACUCUGAUUUUCUUUGAACAGUUUACAAAUCAAGGUCCUGCUUCUUUGCUAGUGAACAUUUUUAGAUACUCUAGCAGUUAAGUCAUCCUCCAAUUUCUGUACCUGCAUUUUAUGGAAGAAGAUGAUAUUCCUCACAUUAAAAUUCAUUAGAUCGCUCUCAUAUUCUGGAGUCCUAAGGUGCUCUGGUCAUCUUUUAUUGAUGCUAACUCAAAAAAAUUACAAGUUCCUGCAAG